UCGCAGGCCCCUCCCAGACACGCGUGAGAGUGGGCAUCCGCGAGCCGAUCCGGAGCUCAGAGAAGAGCAUCGGUUGCGCGGGACCGCAGGAGCGUGGCUGCAUCCCGGGAGGACCGGAGAGAGAGAGAGAGAGAGAGACGCCACCGCGGGACUGGAGUCGUGCUCGGGUAUUGGAUUAUUUCACAGGCCCUGCAGGCUGAAGGAUGUUCUCCUCUGUGAAGGCCUAUGAGGGGCAGCAUUACUCCACUCUCAAGAGGCAGUGUCAACAGAGUGGAACGCUGUUUGAGGACCCACUGUUCCCAGCUGUGGACGACUCACUCUUCUACCAGGGGAACAGGAUCGGCCAUGUACACUGGAAAAGACCCGCGGAACUGUGCGAUGAUCCUCACUUGUUUGUGGAUGGGAUCAGUGCCCAUGACCUGCACCAAGGGCAGCUGGGAAACUGCUGGUUCGUGGCGGCUUGCUCUAGCUUGGCUUCGCGAGAGUCACUGUGGCAGAAAGUUAUCCCAGACUGGAAAGAACAGGAAUGGGAUACUGAGAGGGCAGACUCCUAUGCUGGAAUAUUCCACUUCCGCUUCUGGCGGUUUGGGGAAUGGGUGGAUGUGGUGAUAGAUGACCGUCUCCCCACCGUGGACAACCAGCUGGUGUACUGCCAUUCAAAUGACAGCAAUGAGUUCUGGAGUGCCCUUGUGGAAAAAGCAUAUGCCAAAGUUUAUGGUUGCUAUGAAGCGCUAGAUGGUGGAAACACAGCUGAUGCUUUAGUGGACUUUACUGGUGGAGUGUCGGAGCCUAUGGACCUGUUGGAGGGCCAGUUUGCUCAGGAUGAAGUUGCCAGGAACCAGCUGUUUGAGAGAGUGCUUAAGGUCCACAACAGAGAUGGUCUCAUCAGUUGCUCUAUCAGGGCGACCACUGUGGAGGAUAUGGAGGCUAGACUAGACUGUGGACUGGUUAAAGGCCAUGCCUAUGCAGUGACUGAUGUUCGCAAGGUCCGCCUGGGACAUGGCCUGCUGGCCUACUUCAAGUCAGAGAAGCUCCACAUGAUCCGCAUGAGGAACCCCUGGGGGGAGAAAGAGUGGAGCGGACCCUGGAGUGAUAGCUCAGAAGAGUGGAAGAAGGUGAGCAAGAGCGAGAGAGAGAAGCUGGGCGUCACUGUUCAGGAUGAUGGAGAGUUUUGGAUGAACUUUGAAGACUUCGCUCACUACUUUACCGACCUGAUCCUGUGCCGGCUGAUAAACACAUCCUAUUUGAGUAUCCACAAGACCUGGGAGGAGGAGGUGAUGAGGGGCUCUUGGAUCCAUCGAGACGACCCCCUCCGCAACCGCGCCGGAGGCUGUAUUAACCAUAAAGCCACAUUUCUGCAAAACCCACAGUAUGUUUUUGAUGUGAGAAAAGUGGAAGACGAGGUGCUGAUCUGCCUGCAGCAGAAGGAGCGCAGAGCUACUCCGAAAGAAGGGAAAGGAGAGAACUUGGCCAUUGGAUUUGACAUCCAUAGGGUGGAGUUGAAUAGGAAAUACAGAAUGCACUCAGCCCAGCAGAAGGUCGCCGGUUCAAUCUACAUCAACUCUCGCUGUGUGUUUCUAAGAAAAGAGCUAAAGGAGGGACGUUACGUCAUCAUCCCCACAACUUUUGACCCCUCUCAACAAGGAGAGUUCCUGCUCCGUGUCUUCACCGAUGUGCCUUCAGACUGCAAAGAGUUAACUCUGGACGAGCCUCCACAGACAUGCUGGACGGGCAUGUGUGGUUACCCUCAGCUGGUCACACAGGUGCAUGUGUUAAGUGCCGAGGGUCUUCAGGGCCAAGACUCCAAUGGAGCCUCUGACCCGUACGUGAUCAUUACAUGUGAGGGGGAGAAAGUCCGCUCUCCCGUGCACAAAGACACACGCAGCCCAAGUUUUGACAUAAAGGGAAUUUUCUACCGCAAAAAGCCAAAAGAGGGCAUUCACAUCGAGAUCUACAAUAAGAAUGUCAUUGUUGACACCUUCCUGGGUCAGGUGGCCCUCUUUAGUGACCCUAACGACCGGCAAGAGCAGCACACAGUCUACCUUAAAGACAAGGGCAGUCGCCAAGACAACAACCUUCCGGGCACGCUGACUGUGCGUGUUAUCACCUGCACUACUUUAACCAACAUUUGAUCAUUAACUAAACCUGACCUCACGCCACCUUUUCACACUCUCUGCCUAGGUUCCUCAUCUACUUCUCACAUUACCCACAAUGCCUUGUGUGAGCCAGAUUCGUUUUUUCUUGGUUUACCCAAAAAGUUUAAUUAUUUUAUUAUAGACCACUUUGGAAAAUGGAAACAAUGCUGGUCCAGAAAAACGUCCUGUUUCAGUGUUUUAACACUAAACAAACUUUUGAAGACAAUACAAUCAACAGAACAUUUAUAAACGAAUUAAAAUGUUAAACAAAUAUCUUUAAGAUUUAAUUAUAUAGGUAAAAAACUAAAAUAAAAAAUGAAACAGGAAGUCCUUCUACCUUCUUGUAAACCAGUGUUUACAUCUUGCGAACUGGUCUUUAGUAUUACCUUCAUGCUGUUCCAAACAUACAUGCUGUUAUUUUUUCCACAAGAGGUUAAUUUAGAAGAAUCUUUACACAGUAUCUCCAAAAAAUUGAAAAUAAGCUUUAUAAAAUACCAUGAAAUUAGAGACUUGUGCACAAUAUACUGUAAGUCAUUUCAAUCUGUACAAAACAUAUUUAAAAAAAUAAGUCACUAUUCACUGAUAAUCUUUCCCUAUAUUGAUCUGAUAACUCAAGCAUUGCAUCAUUGAAUUGGCGAGAUCUGAACAACCGAUUCAUUCCAAUCUAUGAGUCAUUGUUCAUUUCAAGCCGGUUCUUUUCACUGAUGUGAUUCACAAAGAUUCAGAGUAAAGACUUACUUUAUUUGGACUUGUUCUCCAUACAAAACCUCAAAACCAGGAACAUAACGUGCACAUUCAGAUUCAUUUUGUGGUGCUUUUAUAGUGCUUUGUUGUCUCUUCUGGUUGUCUGUGAAAAGAUUCAGCAGCAAUGUUUAUUUUGUGUUCCAUUUGAAACAUAACAGCAUCUGGACUUGUAACAACGUUAGGAUUAGUAAAUAAUUUAAUAACGUACAUUUUACCUUUUAAAGCACCCACUCAUGACCUGAUCCUCUACUUAAGGGCUAUGCAUUGUAUUUGCAUGAGCAGCUGAAGGUGGUCUAAGGUAGACGUAGAACCUUUAAGAGUCCUAGUCUCAUGAUCGACCACAGUUUCACCUGCCAGGCCAACUCAGUGAAGUCACUGCUUUGGCUUAUGUCACAAUGUCUGUUUCCAUCCCUCCUCCCGUAAACACGUUCAGUCAUCACGUAUCCAAUCACUGUGCCCAUUCACACAGUUUCUCUCAAGAUGCGGAGUGACGUGGAGAUCCACACGAUUACAUUGACCCUGUUGAAUCUACAAACACGAUUCCAGCCACCGCUGGGCCACACCCAGACGCAUCUUUGGAUUCUCUGCGUCACAUUGCUUAGCAACAAGAGUCUGGAGCCUACUGGAACACGAGAUGGGUUUUCCCAGUACCGGAGGGCCACCCAGACUAUCUGCAGUGCUAUUUUUACAGUGACGCAUUGGGGAUUGAUCGACGUACUGUAAUAACAAUGCCGGUGUAGUUUGAUGAGCAUUUCACCUUUAUCUUGCGGUUUGAUUGAGUGUGGGUGCGUGUUAGGGUGACCAGAUGUCCUGAUAAAAUCAGAGCAGUCCCAUUUUUAUGAGCCACGUCUUUUUGGACCGAUAAUUGGCUUUAUUUUGAUUGCUGAAUGUUUGAUGUGUUUUAGCUUUGGUUACAGCAGCUGGUGAUGUGUAGUUGUGGAGUUUUUGAUUCUUUGAUACAAUGAUGGGAACUUCAUACCCAACUGUUGCCCCCUCUUUACAACAUCGAGAGGCAGUUUGAAAAAUUGUCAUGAGCCCACAAGACAAAUUUUUCCGCCUUUGACAUUAUUUUUUAUCAUGGUCAUCUUGUCACCCUGAGAGUGUGUGUGUGAUCCAAAAGACCAUUAGGAGUUUAUGCAUGUGUAAAUCAAAGGGAAAACUUUAUCAGUCUUAGCGGUGCCUAUAGGAUCAAGAGCAGAUCUUUGGACCUGGCUUUACCUCACUCUUUCUCUGAGGAUUGUGAGACUGUCAAAAUAAGAGUUUGUCUGUCGUAAUGACUUUCGAUUCAGACUCCGGCCAAACAGCAUGUGCCAUUGUUUAAGAACUGCUGCACGAUUCUCUUGGCUUUUCUUGAUGAUGAUGAACUACAUUUUAACUACAAACACACGGUGAAUGUCAUCACCAGUGUCGUUUCCAAUGGCUACUUGUGCUGUUUCAUCAGAAACUGCUUUUGAACUGUUUGUGCACUACAAUGUCCUGUUUAUGCUUCAUGACAAGAUUUCAAUUACCAUUUUUGGCAAGACAUACAAGUCUACAUCAGUAUUUUUUUAAUGGUUGGAUAUGUUUUAGCAUCCUCAAAGGGCGUUGCCAGCAUUUUAGAAGUGUGACAGAAAUGUCAAGAGAACUUACACUUGAAAUGCAUUUCCAAUGUGUCUUCUUUAACUUUUUUAUUUGUUUUUUUGAAAGUCAGCUGCACUGAAAAUCUUUUUUUGUUAAUAUUUUGUGUCACUUUGUUUUAAGUUAUCUGUUUUAAGUUGUUUUUGUAUUCUUUAUUCAACUUUUUUCCGCUGUUGUUGCUGUUGUGAAAGCCAAAAGAAAUAAUGUUACCAGAAGCCUGUUUUUAUUUUUUUUAUAUUUUGCAUCAAAAAGUGUAGCAUAAGAAUCUCUAAUGGUUAUAUAAAAAAUGCUGUUGAGAAAAAGUUUCUGAGACUGAGCCACUAACCCAAAACGGUAUGAUAGACAAUGCCUAGUCAUAACUAGAUAAAAGAGGGGGAGACAUAAAAGGAGAAAGGGAGAGAGAGAAAGAGAGAAAGAGAGAGAGUGCUAGAAAGCUGCAAUGCCAAUCAGAUGAACAGUGUUGAAUGACAAAAAAUAUUUAAGAAACAUUCAUGCCAACCACAUGUGGCCCACACUACUUGAUUUUCUUUAGGGAUGAGUGAAGCUUUUACUUUGACUAUAUUAUAUUUGUAAAUAAUUGAAAUGAAGUUCUCAACCAAGACCCAGUCAUUCUUUUACAUCUCUUGUGCCUGGACAGGCCAGGUUAUGAUGGGUAAAUAGGGGAGUUAAAAGAGGUAUUUUAUUUAUAGUGUAAUGAAUUCAAACAAUUCAGUUGCUUUUUUGGCUGGCCAGUUUUUGCUUUUUGGACAAAAGAGAAAGCAGCUGAAUGAGUUAAAACAGCAGUAAUAAAUCCAACUAAAUAAGCAAAAGUAGCCUUAAAUCUAUGGUUUCUUUUAAGCCUUGGAAGACAACUUUAUUAUUCCACCUUACUCUUUUCUUGUUUGUUUUUAUCUGAUGUUUAUUCUAUAUGUAUUUUUUGCUAAUUUAGAACGCUGUGAGAGAUGCCAACGCACCAGAUUGAGCCAUAUGCAUUUCCAGCUAUAUUUUCUCUCUAUUUUGCCAAAUUACAAGUUAUAAUAAGUGUUGAAGUUCUCAUGCCUUUAAUGCCAAACAAAUUCAGUUUUUUUUUUAUUUUAUUCAGUUUCUUUGUUCUCUUUAAUAAUGUGUGAAAAUUGUUUAAUUUUCUGAAAUCGAAAAAAUCAAAUAAUCUGAAAACGUUAAUCCAAAUACUAUGCAUACUGCAGAUUAAACUCCAGAUUUCAAGCAUUAGCAGCCUGAAUUUGGAUCUUAAUGCUGCUGCCAUGCAAGAGUAGGUUUACAUUGUAUUGUUUGUUUACACAGCAAAAUUAUUUUACGUCUCACACUGUUUGCAUAGAUAAUGCAAUGUAUGAAAAACACACAUUUGCACAGGUUUGUUGUAAUCCCAAAUUUACGAGUGCAUAACUUUGCAUAAUGUUCCUUAAUUACAUGUUGUUUUUUAGGUUCUCCAUGCAUUAUGGCAUUAAAGUCUUUAAAGUGCUUGUAAACUCAAAUUCUCUCGCAACCAUUGAUGUACGUGAUCACAUUGAAUUGCAUUACAUGACUCAUAUUGUAUGGUCACAUUAAAUGACAUUUCCGGGUGUUUCUUGCAGCCUGUGAUCAAUGACAUGGUGUAAUUUGCUAUAAUGUGAUCUACUGGCCUUGACUGCUGCAUGUACUUUCAUGUACCAGAGUGAACCUCUCUUUUCCAACAUAAGCCGUCACAAAUGCUUUCUCUAAGCAUCUUGAUAGAGUACAGCCUUAAGAACCAGUGAAUGCUUGUGGAGAGAGUCAAUUCUAUCUCUCUUUGUCGUUUUUUUGACAAGGGUCAUACAUCCAGAGAUUGAGCUUGUGAUUUUUUCUGCUGAUGUUGAACUUUAAACUGGCAUAUAUAUACAUAAAAGGAGUAUUCAAAUAUCUUGCAUGGUAUGAUUCUAUGAAACUUAGAUGCUAUUAUCUUUAUAAUGAGUAUCUUUUAUCAGCAUUUUAUACACAUUUGUUUACUGUUUUAUAUCUAGCCAUUGAAUCUUGUGUUUAGAAAAACAAACAAAGAAAUGGACGGACAGACUGGCUGAAAAAAAUAUACUGCAUCUUUAUUGAUUGUAGGAUUUCUGUAUCUUAUCUCUGUUUAAAUCUGUGUUUAAUUUUGCGUGUAUGUCUCUCUUGGGUUACACUGUGGUUAUUUGAUGUACUUAUUUGAAGUACUCUUUUUCUUUUGUAUUUUGUCAACUUGUGGCAUGACUUUGAAAUAAAAGAUUGA